AUGCACCGCCGAACUCCCUCGUCCCGCUCAGUCUCGUCCUCGUCGCAGCCCCUCCUCCCGCUCCCCUCAUCGCACGACUCAGCACACCACGCCCAUCGCGCACCUGCACCCCGCUCGAACCCCCGCCGAACCCGCCAACUCGCACUCGUCGUUGUCAUCGCACUCGCGACCCUCGUCCUCCUCGCCCGCCGAUCCGCUCCCCGCGACGGGACAUCCUCUUCCCGGGAGUCCGAUACGCCCACCACGACUUCCAACCGCCUCUCCUUGACCCGCCUCCCGUCCCGCAUAAAAGACACCGCCUCGCUCCUCCUCUCCCUCCGACCCUUCUCCUCCUCUUCCCCCUCCCUCCCUCCUCCCACCGCACCCAUCCUCCUCGCGCCCCUCGCGCGCCCAACAGAAAUCUCCUACGCCGAACCAUGGGUCUACGAAGCGGAUCCUGCGACUCUACCCCCGUGUGAGAGGAUUUUGUUGUUCACGUUCAUGCCUUGGUGGGGGUUCGCGAGCGAGUAUAUCCUCUAUGCUAGGGCGGCAGCGGCGGCGAAGAAACUCAACUACACGUUCCUCGAGGACGACCGGAACUGGAACUACGGCCGCUUGUCGAACUACUUCCUCCCCCGCACGCUCUCCUGCGUCCCCCCCUCCGACUGGUCCAACCCCGCCCUCGCCAUCCCCCUCUCACCCUCCUCCGCCUCCUCCUCACCCCCUCACGCGCGCCUCAAAUACUCCCGCCUAAACUUGGGAGACAUAGACGACUGGACGCGCGAGACGUACCUCUCUUCUCCCGGUACUCAAGCGGACCUCCUCGCACUCCAGGAAUCCGAUCGCGCGCAUCGAGUGCAGGGAGAUAGGUGGAUCCUCGGGGAGGGGGAGACGCUGCCUGAGGCGUUUGCGGAGGUGUUCGGGGAUCAAAUCGGGCUCGAUGCACCGAGGUGGCUUGCCGACGAGGAAGGGGAGGGAGAGGGGAGGGGGCCUGUGGUGGCUGUCCACGUAAGGUUGGGGGACAAGGCGAGCGAAUACGAACACGACGCGGAGGAGAUGGGUAUUACCAACAGCUUUGGGAACCUGACGGUCUACAUCGAAGCGGCUCACGAUGCCUACCGCCGGCUCAUCCCCUCCCCUUACCCUGCCUUCACAAGCUCUUCGUCCUCCGAUCCUGACACGGACGCAAGCGCCCGCUUCUCCCCCUACGCCCCUCCCACCCUCCUCCUCAUCACAGCCGAACCGUCGAUCCCUUCUCGACUGAGGGAAGAAGUGCGACUUGCGGAUCCGUGGAGGGUCGUGCAGACGCCGGGUGUCGAAAGUCAGGAUGAAGGAGGAGGGGCCGCUGAGGAGAGGUUGCGGAAGGAGGGAGGGGGGGCAGGGGGACGGCCAAAGGCUUAUGCCGCCGCCGCCGCCGCCGCCGGUACGGACAAGAUGGUCAAAAUCGUCUCCCCUCCCUCCCGGCGCUCGUUAGACUCGGGCUACACCCAACAAUCCUUCAACGCCCUCCCCCUCCUCUCACGUAUCGCGCACACACAGGCUUUCGUACGUGAUUUGACGCUGUUGGCACGAAGCGGGGAGGAGGAGGGGGUGGACGCGGCGGUCGUGAGCGGGGCGAGUAAUGUUGGACGGUUGGCGAUGCUUAUCGCGGGUAGAGAAGCGGUGAUGGGGCCGAGGGAUGAGCAGACGGGUAGACCGCUCGGCGGGAGGAUCCGCUCCGUCGACGCGCACUUUUACCCGACGGCGUACUCCUCUGCGGUCUACACCAAGGUCGAGGACGUCGAGGACUUGGAGAACAAGGCGUUCGUGCCGGAGGAACAGCAUCAGAAGGAAGUUGAGGCGCAGGCCAAGGCGCAGGGGCGGAGACGACGAGGAAGGGGCCGGGGGAGGAGGGGAAAGUGA